CCAAAAUCUAGACUCCAAAGAAAUGCAUGUAUUCGCUGUUCGAUUGUUUCAUCAGUUUUGUGUUAUGUUUUACGCAACAUUUUCCUUGGAAGUUUUUGCGAUCUUCUUAGAGACGCAUAUACUCCGUAAAAACUAUGGAGGGUAGGAGUUUCGCUAUCAGCGAUCAUUCUCGACAAAAUCAAGUGAUAUUCGACACAAAAGAUCUGGAGAUUAUCGGGAGCAACAAACCUUGCAAGAAUUGUCGCGAAAUUAAAAUAAAGACCGAGAUCCUGGAUGAGAUCGAAAAUUUUUCGUCCAACGACGAACUGGAUAUCGAACAGGACGUCAAGAACGUAUCGGAAGAAGUAUCGCGCCAUGAAAAUUCUGAACACACCCCAGAAUCGGACUGUCAAAGAAAUGCAAGCGUUUCACUUUCUCAGAGACAAAUGGACGAGUACACCGACUUAAAGGAAUACAUCGUGGCACUGACAAGAGGGAAGCUUUUAAUGUGCAACGUCUGCAGGAUCGAAUUUCCGAACGAGGUCGAGUUCAAGACUCACAUGAUUGGACAAAGCCAUGGAAAACUUUUCCAGUGCGGAUUUUGCUGGAAGCGAUUCUCCAGAUCGUCAACCUUAAAGAAUCACCUGCAUAUGCAUUUUAUUCCGAAGCCUUUCGCGUGCAGACAAUGCGAGCUCCAAUUUCAGACGAAACACGCGUUGAAGAAACACGAAACUGAAGCACACCUCGGCAGAAGAACGUUCGAGUGUCCUAUCUGCAAGAAGAAAUUGGCGCGCCAUCAAUCGCUGCGCGAUCAUAAGUUAAUGCACAUUAACGUCAGGCCCCACGAAUGCACGACCUGCGGCAAGAGCUUCCUGAGGCCCAGUAGCCUCCGGACGCAUAUGAUCGUCCACACCGCGGACUCGCCGUUCGCAUGCGAUCUCUGCCCGGCGAAGUUCAAGAGAUCGUCGGUGCUGAAGACGCACAAGCUGACGCACACGGGCGUGAGAAGAUUCGAGUGCGACAUCUGCAAGCAUCGUUUCCACCUGAAAGGCGCACUGAAACACCACAUACUGGCGCAUUACGGUAUCAGGCCCUAUAAAUGUGAAGAUUGCGGCAAGAGAUACAGAAGAUCUUGGGGUUUGAAGGUGCACAGAUAUCGGCAUACCGGCAUAAAGCAAUUCGAAUGCGACUUGUGCAAGAUGCGCUUCAGCGUGAAGACGAAACUUGCAAAUCAUAUUUAUACGCACACCGGCGAGAAACCUUACAAAUGUAAUAUCUGCGGACGUCAGUAUGGCGAGAGAUAUCAACUAAAGGCGCACAGAUGCACGAAAUUGUUCAACGACAAUCCGUUGAAAUUGAAUACUUCUUAAAUUUUAUUCUUUUAAUCGAAAUUAUCGAAAAGUCUGAUAAGAAUACAUCAAUAGAACUGGCGCAUUAUUGAACGUAUAAUAUUGUAUUGUAAUACAUAUACAUAUACGAGUAAAAAA